AUGCCCCAUACGGCAAAAGGAAAACAAGCGCGAAGUCCCGGCGGGGACGCGCAGCGGGCACGAAGCCGCGCGCACGAGGAUCACCGAGGACGAGGACGAGGAGACCAUGGAGCCUCUGGAGCCGGCGGCCGCGGAGAGUCCACCGGCUCCCAAAGCGCCAAGUCGACUGAGAAGGGCCGCGGCAGCAAGCAUCAGCCUACUCAGAAGCAAAUGUCAUUUCUCCAGGGCAAACACCAACAGAGAGUUGGAAAUGUUGUCAGCCGUCUGGGACCCGCCGCAGUGGGGCAAACGACGCUUAUGGACAAGAAACGGAAGCUGUACAGCGACACAAGCCAGCAGCCGCUGUGGAGUUUGCGUAAAAUCACCAUUAACCCUACAGACAAAGACGACUUGCGGCGGUUUCCCUCGAACGCGAUCUUCACGCACCGUUACUCGUGUCUCACGUUUGUUUUCAAGAACCUCUGGGAGCAGUUCCACCGAGUCAUCAAUUGGUGGUUUCUCCUCAUGACAAUCAUUCAGGCGAUUCCGCAGCUCCACUAUAACCCGAACCACGUCUGGUCGACUGCACUUCCGUUCGCUAUUGUUCUGGUUUUCGGGAUGGUGAAGGACGCCUUCACAGACCUGGGGCGGCGGCAGCGAGACCGCAUGUUGAACCAGCGCGUGUGCUGCAUCGUCGACGGGCACACGCCACAGCUGCGGCUGCUCAAGUGGGAGAGUGUGCGCGUGGGGAACAUCCUGCGGCUGACUGACGGCGAGGAGGUGCCUGCGGACAUUGUCGUCCUGGCGACGUCGAACUCGGACGGCGUGGCCUACGUCGAAACGAGCAAGCUGGAUGGCGAGACGAACCUCAAGUUCAAGCAAGGUGUCAAGGAGACGCGCGGCGAGAGUUCGCCGCUUUCUAUCGCCGGCAUCCGCGGCCGCGUCGUGUGCGAAAAACCGUGCGCCGUCAUGGACGCCUUCACCGGGAGCCUCAAACUCGACGCGCAUCCGAGAGCCACUCCCUCGACAUCGUCAACUUCAUUCAGCGAGCCGUGGACCGUCCUCACUUCUGCGUUCUCCGCGCGCGGCGGCCUCCCCUUCCUCGCUAGCCCAUGCUGUCUGGGUCGGUUUCAUCUUCGUGCGCUGCCGGCUGCGGCUGCGGUUCGGCGCUGCGUUCAACCUCUUUCUUCUGCUUUGCGCGCAGGCUCGCACAUUCGAAACACCGAGUGGCUUUACGGGGUCGUGAUCUACACCGGCGACGAUACACGUAUCCAGAAGAAUGCUGCACCGCCAGGCUUCAAGCGGCCUCAUAUUGAAAAGGACAUCAACACCUACUUGUUCAUCUCCUUCUUCGUUGUUUUCCUCACUAUACUCAUUUCUGUCAUGAGCAAGUGGAGCGUUCAGGAGCGCGACAGCGGCGACACCACGGUGGCGGAGCCCUCACCUCCAAGCUCAGGGACGUCAGGAACAGAGCCCACGCAGAGCUACGGAAGCAGCGUCGAGUUUAUGCUGGGCUCGCGCGACUUGCUCCAGAACCCGUGGAUGUCGAUUUUGCGUUUCUUGGCCAUCUACGCGCCGAUUCUGCCUCUCUCUUUGCCACUUAUGCUUGACGUCGUGUAUCUUCUACAGUCGGUGCUGAUUGAAGGGGACAUCCACAUCCGCGGCGGCGGCCGCCCGACGAGCUCCGGAGGCCCGAGCACGGCGAGCACGAGCUCGCUGGUCAUCCCUGAAGACGGCGCGUUGCUGCUUGACGGGGAAGGCAGUCCGACGGACCUUGCGCACGCUCCCAGCCAUCGCCAGACGCACCUGUCGGUGGCGGACGGGCUUGGCCGAACGCGACGGUUCCUUUCGCAGAAAUUCUCGGCGCCGUUCUCCAAGCGCCUCUUCGGGAGCCAGCGCGGCAGCACGCCACGCGAGGGCGGCGAGGAGGACCACGCCCUCGCGAAGAAGUCGCUCUCGCUGAACGCGAAGGCGACGCGGAGCCAAGAGAGCACCAAGAGUGUCCUGCUACCCGAGGGUCGCCCCGAAGACGGCGAGGAAAGCCGAGAGACAAACGGCGAGAACGUGCCGAGCUUCGGCGGCGUGGCGCUGCCUGACGCGACAGGCGCGGGGCGCGAGGACUGCGAGCGCGCCGAGGAGACAGGGCUGCUGCCGCACGGGGCGAUGAAGAGCAGGCGCGAAAGCUUCCACGCAGCGACGCCAGUCGCCGGCGGGCUGCGCACGCCUGCCGGCGUCGAGGACGAGGAGGAGCAGCGGCUGCUUUCGGCAGCAGCCGACAACUUGCCCUCGACGGGGCCCAAGGGAGCAGCAGAGGACGACAAGAAGUCGCAGGGCGGCUUCUCACGCUACUCAGACGUGGGCACCGAGAAGAUGGCGUCGCUCUCCCCCAGCGCCCACGGCACGACCCGCGGCGUGGGGAUUGGCAGCCCGCUGUUGAAGGCGCCCGCCGACGCCGCGCUCGGCGAGAGUGCGUGGACGAACCCACACAUGCACCACUUCAACACCCGCGGCAUGCUCUUCACCACCGUUGGCGGACCUGGCUCCUGGCGGUCUGCAGGCAGCGAGCGCGAGGACGUCUGGGCCGAAGUCCACACGCCGGCGCUCAAUCCGAACUUGGGGCAGGUCGACUUCAUCUUCACCGACAAAACCGGCACAAUCACUGAAAAUGACAUGACCUUCAGCAUGUGCAGCGUAGCCGGAAAAAUCUACGGCAUGACCUCCUGCGGCGCGUUCGACCGCGGAGACAGCAGUGAAUAUGGCUCGCGUGUCUGGACUGUCGCGGAAACUCCCAUGCGGGGGUCGCGAGACCGGCUCUUGGCGCCGCACGCGCAGCGACAGGCCUCAGUAACUGCAGCCUCGCCCGCAAGUCGCAGUUUCGCUGCCUCGUGCAUCCCCGAUGGCCUCGGCAAGCGCGCACCGAGUCUGCGCUUGCGAACGAACAGCCAGCGAGGCAGCCGGCACUCGCUCGUUUCGCGGACUGGGCAUGAGGGCGAGGCGAAGGACAAGGUCCCUGCGGCGGGCGCGUCGCCGACGUCGCACGACUCGUGUCGGCUUUCAGCCUCGCUUUCACUCGAAUCGCAUCGCGAAGAGGGCGAGGACGACGAGGGCCCGUCAGGGCGAGAGAACGCGAAAACAUCUGUUGUUGCGUCGCACGGGAGUCCUCUGGCGCGACGGGAUGACGGUCGCGCGAUGGUCACUGAGGGGGUCCACGGGGUGGCUCACCGGAGGAGAUUCAGUGGCAUGUGCAAGGAGCCUCAGGAAAACGGGGUGCGGCGGUCGGCGAGCGCCAGCCUACAGAGCAGCCGAGGAGGGUCAGAGAACGAGCAGUCCGAAGCCGGCACGGAGAGCGAAGCGGGACGACGGGGCGGCGGUGGCAAGCGGAGCAAGGAGAGAGAGAGGAAGCGAGUCCGACCCCGAGAAGUGUCCCCCAGGACCUCGCAAGACGAAGACACGAACUCCGACAGGGACAACAACUACCCCAUACGCUGCAUUAGGAGCUUCGGCGACGGCGCCGCUCCGCGAGGCAGAGCGAUCUCCACCAGCCCGAGGGCUCCGCUGCACUCCGCGUCGUCGCUCGGCGGCCCCACGCGCGCGAUAUCGAAGCUUUUUUCUCGGACCGAUGGAGAGAUGGACAGACUUCUCAAGCGCGAGGGAGGCGACGAUCGCUACAACAACCGCCACAUCGCCUUCGCAGAUCGAGGAUCGCCGCGGAGUCCGACACCCGAAUCGGAGGGCGGCGUGUCGCUGUCGUCGGCAGAGGAAGGCGGGCCGCGCUCCGCGCCACACGGGCGCGGAGCCCGGCGCGGCUCGGGGAGUCUGUACAUGCCGGUGGUCGAGGAGGAGGACGAGGGCGGAGUCGGCCGGCGGCGACCGCAGCGGCUGGCCUCGGGGGACAGCGGUGGGCAGGCGACGUCGCCUCUCUCGCCUGCACCGAGCCGCGGCGGGGUGCCGUUCCUCUAUGACGAAGUGGACUUCCCGACGGGCUUCCGCGAGACGCCGAUGGAGGGACAGAUUCGGCGGAACUGCGACUUCUACGACGCAUCCAUCUUCACCGACUUGGCGAGGCGGGAUCUGCGCAGCCACCGCAUCGACGAAUUCAUCAAAUGCAUGGCGAUUUGCAACACCGUCGUCCCGUGGGUGUACACGACGCACCCUGCAAUGCCUACCGACGCCGGCUACCCAUCCGGGAACUUUGCCUCCACCGCCUAUGUCCCCCCUGGCGGCGGCGGUUUCACAACCUCGGUCUUCUCGUGCUCGGGCUUCCCGGGCCUCCAGGGCGCGGGGACCGGCGGCACGGGCUUCACCGGGGGUACGGGCCCCCAGGGUGCGGGCGCCCAGGAGGGCGGCGACGAAGGCGACGAGGAAAAGGGCAUGUCUCACUUGGUGCUACCGUCGGCGGUCGCACACUCGCCCGGCGGCAGCCGCGGCGUCUCGAGGACGAGCGGCUUCGACGGUCAACUGUCUCCGCUGAUGCAGCCGCCCGGAGGGUGUUUACCUCCGUCGUACGUCAGCCUCAGUCCUCUGGCUGGCGGGUCUCCAGCCAGCGCUGCCACGCACAUAGGCCGACACACCACACGCCGACGAACGCGCGCGAACGAGUCAGGACAGUCUAGCCCGCAGAACGCCAAACACUUUCCGCCCCUUUCAGGAGACGUGCUGGGAGCAGAGGCGGACUACGUGCCCUGCCCGUCGCCAGUGCAGUCCCCAGUGGUGUCGUGCCGGCGGGAGUCAACGGGAACGUCGCCGGGAGAGCUGAGACUGGAGGCGGCUGUCCCGUUGAGGUCGUCGCAACCGGCAUCACCGACCGCGGCGCAGGACGCCAAGGGCGAGGACGAGGCGCCAUCGUCGCCGCACUGCGCUUUCGCGCCUGCCAGCCUGGCGCCGCCGUCGGUGCUGCGCGCGCAGACCGGCGCGGGGCUGCUGAAGCCCUCGAAGAGUCUCGCUCGAGGUGUCUCCUUCAAGGAGAAGCACGAAGAGUUUCCGUUCAGCAAGGACGAGGAGACGAGCUCGCAGGAAGAGGUGGUAAGCGGCGGCGAAGACGAAGGCGAGAGCGUCACCGGUGCCUUGCUCGGAGCCGACGAAGAAGACGACGGCCUGAAGGGCGACGACAACGAAGACGACGACAAGUCGAGGCAAGCCCGAAAAAACAAAAGCAGCAGAAGUGCCUCCGCGAGCCUCAUGAGCCUGAAGUCGCGGGUCACUGCGAGCAGCCGAGAUGUAGCAGACCUCUUGUUUAGAAGAGGCUCGCGGCCGCCGACCUCGGUGGACGGCGACGCAGGCACGAGUCUGUCAGGGCGCGCGCUGGGGCGCCCGCCCUCACUUGAGAGGGGGCCGCUUGCGCCGCCGCACGGCUUGAGCAGCGUGACGGCCUACUGCGACGGGAGAAACAGCCUCAUCAACAUCAUCAAGUACCAGGCUUCGUCGCCUGAUGAAGAGUGCCUCGUCUCCGCAGCGUCGCACAUGGGCUACACACUCGUCGGCAGAACCAGUACCUCCGUUACGCUGAACAUUAACGGCCAAGAGCGCCGGUGGCAGGUUAUCGGCGUCAACGAGUUUACUCAGAAGCGCGGCCGAAUGAGUAUCGUCGUGCGGCCGCAAGGGUGGACCGAGGGGUCGGUGCUCUACGUCAAAGGCGCCGAUGUGGCGAUGCUGGAUCUUUUGUCGUCCUCGUUUACUCGGAACUGCCAGGACUACAGGCGCAGUUGCUCGUCGCUGAGUCGCUUCGGCGACGGGCAGUGGCCAGGUCGGGGGCCGUCGCUGCAGGGGCUCGCGGCCCGCACGCGUUCGGGGGCCUUGAUGGGGGUCGGCGGCAGCCCCGUGGGGAGCCCAUCGGGGGUCGGGCGGCUCUCGCAGUCGUCGCCGGUUGGUCAGGGGUCGCGCGGGGUCCGCCAGGAUGGCUUCCGGUCUUCGUCGUCUCUGGGUCGCUUCGCAGAGCAUGGUUCGUCGCGCCCCCCUGCGAUUUCAGAACACAAGGAGCUGCGCACUGCCGACGACGGCGCCGGGAGGGCGGGCGGCGAGUCUGGAGACGGCGAGCCGGAAGACGCGCGCGACCCUGCGGGCGGCGCGCGCGACUCGGAGGGCACCAGUGAUGACGAAGGGCUGCGGUCGGUUCGCGCGGACUCGAUGCUUCGGGCCUUAAACCCCGGACUGUACAACUACGACAAGCAGCACCACCGCUCGGCGCACAUGAGUCGGAACACAACAGCUCUGCGCGAGGCAGAGAGCUGCGGCUCCCUCGCGCAGAUGACUCGCUCGGCCGCCGCUCCAGCAGGGGACCCCGGCGGCAGGCCGACGUGCCACGCAGCAUCGCGCGCCGUAGACGCUGGCUCCCGGCUGUCGCCGACGCACGCAGCAGCCGCCGGUGCGGAGAGAGGAGGGCCUGGUGCCGAGGCGGGCGCGACUCGUUCGGUGCCGCCGUCGCCCCUCCACCGGACUGGGGCCCCUGGCUGGUUCUCUUGUGCUCUCGACAGUCCGUGUAUGGGCCCCGAGGACGGGUACUGCGCGGCCUUUUUCGAUGAAGACGAGGACGAGAUGAUUGCGCUGGGGGACAUCUCGCUGGUGGAGCAGCACCUGAAGAAGUUCUCGCUCCAGGGGCUCCGCACGAUGGCGCUUGCUUGCCGGUACCUCACCCAGGAGGAAACUGAGACCUACACGCGCCUUUAUACUGACGCGUGCGCCAGCGUCUAUUGCCGCGCAGAGAGGCUGGAGGAAGUCGCUGAGGACAUGGAGCGAGACCUCGAGUACCUCGGCAUCACCGGCGUUCGCGACAAACUGCAGGAGCUCGUCCCCGAAACGCUUCAGCUCAUGAUGGAGGCGGGGAUUCGCGUGUGGAUGGUCACAGGAGACAACGUCGAGUACGCGUUGCACAUUUGCCACAGCUGCCGCUUGCUGACCUCGCGCACGCGCAUUUUCCAUGCGGCGCUCGAGUUCAGUGGGCGCAAAGCGAAGCGAGAGGGUGUGAUGCUCUACGAGCUCUUCCGCAAGGCGCGACGGCUGAAGCGUAGAGACGAGCAUAUCUGCCUCGUGGUCACCGGUCCUAAUCUUCGCACGUUUCUUAACCACCCGGAUCUCCAAACGUAUUUCCUCAACAUGGCGUGUUGCUCCGACGUCGUCGUCGCGGCUCGUGUCACGCCGUCGCAGAAAGCCGAGAUGGUUAGGCUGGUCAAGAAACGCCUGACGCCCCAGCCCAUAACUCUUGCGAUUGGCGACGGAGGCAACGAUGUGGCGAUGCUUCAGGAGGCGCACGUGGGAGUGGCGAUCCGCGGCCAUGACAGCGCCGCAGCGAUCGCAGCGGCGUACGCGGAUUACUCCUUCUCGGAGUUCCGGUUCCUUCAACGGCUGUUAUUCGUUCACGGGCGUCUGAGCCUCAUGCGCAUCUCAACUGUCAUUCUAUGGAGCUUCUUCAAGUCGCUUUGCAUCGGCCUUCCUGCAUUCCUCUUCCAGCCGCAGGCGUUCUGGUCAGCCGUCGAGGUCUAUGACCCAUUCCUCUUGAUGCUCGUUGACUUCCUCUGGACGACGCUUCCGGGCAUCGUGCACGGCUACACCGACCAAGACCUUCCCACUCACCUGCUCCCCUGCGUUCCUGUCCUCUACACUCCGGGGCGACGCCGGCUUUACUUCAACGGCUUCCGCUUCAUUCUCUGGACAGUUGAAGGCAUCGUCUACUCCUUCAUCAUCUUUUAUCUGCUGCAGGCCACGUGGAUGGACGGCAGCACCUUCGGGGACGGCCAAGUUCUGGGCUUCCACAGCUACGGCAUUCUGCUGCUUUUCAGUUCCCUCCUUCAGUCGAACCUCCGCAUAAUCUUGGAGACCAACCUCUGGACUCCGACCUUCCUCUUCACCACCAUCUUCCUCUGUACACUCAUGUUCUUCCCAGCUGUGCUGCUGUAUUCGCUCACCGGAUGGCCGCGGCGCUACAUGGAGCUCGCCGGUCGCGUGGUAUUCAACUGGCCUAUGCUGUACUUUCUGAUCCCACUGUGGAUCUCCAUCGGCAUCCUCGUUCAGCUUCUGCUGCAAGUUUUUACUUCCUCCCUCUUCCCGAAUAUCAGUGGAAGCGUGAAACAGUACCUCGCACAGAAGCAAGCGGACGUCGAUGCGCGCAGGAAGUCGACGAAACUCCCGUUCAGCCAUCCACGUCCACGUCUUCUGCCGGGCGGUCACGACGAGUACGGUUGGUUUUGCGGAAUGGGUUCGUGUUGGAGCCUGGCGAAGCGCGUCGCGUGGCUGGUGGGCGGCUGCUUCUGCGUGCGCACGCCGCGAGUCACGCAGGACCCUCUCGGCUCUCACGAGUUCGGCGCUGAGCUCCGCGAGCGCUUCAAUCCGCUCCGACACAAGAGUGUCGCAGAUCGCCUGCCGCCGCCUCGUCGCUUCCGCAUCAACGAAAACUUCUUGUCCUACACCGGCGCCGCUGACGAAAAAGCCGGAGAGGGAGCACAGCGGGAAGCGGGCGCGAAGGGGGCAGGUGCCCCCGCGGGCGGGCUCGCGCCGAGCACGGCGGGCGGCGGGACUGGGCGCACGAAGUCGGUUUUCGGCCCUGGCGGCGCAGGAGGCGUCAUGCCGAUGACAGACAUGGCUGCGGACUUGGAGACGGAGAACAGUCUCUCGAGCAAUGGUUCAGACCAGGAGAAGGCCGGCGACAACAACACUAAGCUUGUCAAGGUGUCGCACCUCAUCAACCGAUUCACCCUCCGAUUCAAAGACAUGCAGCUGGAGGCUGACUAUCAAAUCCACAACAAGAAAUCCUUCCUUAAGAGGCUCGUCCCUUGGUACCGCGUGAUUUUCGUCUUGAUUGCGCUCUACGAGCUCCUGAGUUUCCUGACGGAGUAUUUCAUCGACAAGCACUGGAACCCCCGAGGAAGCCAGAUGCAGCCUUGGAUGUGCCUGCCGACUCUGGUUGUUGGCCUUGGCUUCGUGGCCACCGUCGUCUGCACGUUCUACGACUUCAUUUUCCUCGAUCACUUCUCACUCAUCGUCAACUCCAUUGUCUUUCUGAUGGUGACCUCGAACGUCGUCUUCUACGCCACUUCACACGUCGACGGGACGUUGACGUCAGUUUUGUUUCCGGUCUUCACCUUCGUCAUUCUGCGUAUCUCCUUUCUCCAAGCUGUUGUCUGGAACGUGCUCUUCCUCAUGAUUACGAUUGCGAGGUUUGUGAUCGACAAGUCCUACCUCCCGACGCUGAGCUUCGUACACUACCUUCCACUCUUCAUCGGUGUUGACGUCUUCGUUGGCUUCGUCGGCUACCGUCUGGAGUACAAUCAGCGCAAGUCCUUCUUGCUGGACUAUUCAGUGGAUGCGUCGCGCCGCAAGCAGCGCGAAAUUCUCAACACCAUGCUGCCUGCUUUCGUCGUGGACCAGAUGAUCAACUCAGAGCUUAACGAUGAGGGAAUUCCGACUUCUCUCAAGGCCGAAGAUAGAGGAACCGUGUCCGUCAUUUUCUGCGACGUCUACGAGUUCCAGCAAGUCGUCGCGUCCAUCGAGCCCACGCGCCUCGUCGAGGUGCUGGACUCUCUCUUCCUGUGCUUCGAUAGAAGCGCAGAGCAGUUUGGAUGCACAAAAAUCGAGACUGUCUUUGAAACCUACCUUGCAGCUGCGGGUCUGCAACCGGGCAAGGAGGCCUCUCCGGCCUCAUCUCAACAAGACGCCUGCGAUGCGCUAGACAUGGCGCUGGCGAUGCUGGAGGUCGCGGCACAGAUUCGCUACGAAGUGAAAACCAGCAAUCAGGGCUUCCUCGGGGGGUCUGCGAGCCACGGCAGCGGCGCGUCUCUCGCCGGCAGCCACGCUGCCGGCAGCACCGACACCCCGCGAGGCCUUCCCGAGCAUCGCCACUCCCUCCAGCAACACCCCAGCACCGUAGCCAUGGGAAGCCCGAUGAGCAGCCGUCGCUUCAACCGCCAGAAGACAGGCAACGUCCUCCGCACUGUGCUGCAGUCACGCCCGCAGCGCAUUCGCGUGAAGAUCGGAAUUCACUCAGGACGCGUCAUCAGCGGAGUCGUGGGAGCGAAGAAGCCUCAGUACGCGCUGUUCGGUGACACUGUGAACACAGCGAGUCGCAUGAAGACUACGGGACAACCCGGCUACAUUCAUAUCUCCGAGGACUCCUACGAACUGGUGAAGGGCGACGACACGCUGGAGUACGAGCCGCGCCACACAGAGGUCAAAGGCAAAGGGCUCAUGAACACGUUUCUCCUCGUCCGAGUCAAAGGUUCCCCUUACCCACACUUUGACGAGCAAGAAGGCAACGGAUCGACCGACGGAUUGUCGGAGUCUGGAGGCCACCGAGGCGAAAGCCGGUGCUCAGACGCGUCGCGGCGGCUGUCUGCAGGCGAGCCUUCCGCCGAUCCGGAGAACACUCGCGCGGUGUCGCGUUGCCUCUCCGACCAUUCCCUAGCCAUCGAUGCCGACCCCGCAAGCCCCCUGGAGACGGCGAGUCAGGGACCGACGGCGAGCCAGCCGUCGUCGCCGGUGAACGACGGGUUCGGCGGGACGCAGGCGGAGACGAAGGCGUUCUUCGCUGCGGCGCUCCAGGGCGAGGGCGAAAUUGUGGAAGAGGCUGUCGAACAAGAAGCCGUGGACGACAUCGUCGCGCACGCGACCGCGGACGUGCGGCGCGUGCGUCCUUCCGCAGGCGAAGAGACAGGGCAGCCAGACUCUGCUCGCCGCGAACGGCUCUUCCAGAGCGCGGAGGCCCACGGCGCUGUCCGGCCGCAGCGGAGACUCUCGCCGCUCCGCCUCGUAUGUGGAGGCACCGGAGGCGGGGCUGCCGACGAGUCGCAGAGUCGUCGAGACGCUGGCAGCGAGUCGAGCGACGCCGAUGUGGAGACUGUCGCGUUGCCGUCUUCGCUGGCCUCUUCGUCCUCUGGAUCGCUGCCGCCGGACUCUCUGCGCGGCAGCCACGGCCCUGGCCGUUUCGCCUUCUCUUCGCAGUCGUCUUUUGCGUCUCUCUCCUCCUCCUCCUCUGCGUGCGAUUCAUGUUCACGCUGCGCGUCCUGGCGAUCCUCGGGGGCCUACGCGCCUGUUCAGGCGCAGCCGCCUAGAGCCAGCGACUCGAGAUUCGACUACGAUGCUAUGUCUACGCGGCAGCUGCUGCGCAUCUACCAGCGUCAGCAGAAAGUCGCGAAAGUCAUGCGGUGGAUUGACGAGGAGCUGCGCGGCAACAAGCGAUACACCGACGGCGACGUGCAGGAGAAGACGCUCAGUGCUGAGAACGGAGACGCGAAGGCCGCUUGCGGCAGGACGCCCGUCUCAGGCGCAAGCGAAGACUCCCAGGACUCCGACGAGGCCCGAAAGGCGCGGCUCCUGGAGCGCAUCAAGCGGGAGCUUCGGCGGCAGCAGCAGGAAGAGACCGAGGCGGGGUCCCCCGGCGGCGCCGCGGCUUCCGGCGCGGGCCAGAGCGUGCCUGGGCGCGAGAAGGCGCCGGGCACGCGGUCGGAGAGGACCUUCCGCAGCGAAUUCGUCCACGGGACGCCGGCGCCCGGAGGCGAGAUGAGCAGAGAGGCACACGCCGACGAAGACGGCGCCCGCGACGACCCUCGGACCGUGGAGCAAGCGCGCUCAGCCUCGCAGAUGAGCGACGCGGGAGGCGCCAAUGGCCAGAAGGUGACGCUCGCGCACGACGCGGAGAGCGGACGAGAACGAGUUCCCGCGGACGCGACACCUUUGCCACGUCUCACCAGCCGCAAGACAGAACCUCUUGUGGCAGCAACUGGAGGCGCACGCCCACCAGCCGCCAAGGCAGACAACUCUCCUUCGAAGGACUCUCAGAAAUCGGCGGGCUUCGCGUCCUUCCUCUUCUCCCCUUUCAGGACGCGCAGUUCAAUGGAGAAUCCGAGCAAGGUAGAUGUGUGCCCAAAUGCGCAGACGGACAGGCACGUAGAAAGCAAGCCUCCCGUCGCCUCUUCGGACGACGAAGACUUGGAGCAGAGCAGAAUGACGCGAAUCAGCGUCUCGAGUGAGUGGCUGCUGCUCAAGUUCAAAGACAAGAACCUCGAGGCGCGCUACCGGACGCAUUUCUACAACAACAAAUCGAACAUCAACACGAUAGAGCAGGCGCUGAUCAUCUUCCUCGUCACCUUCUGCGUUCAGACGCUCACGCGCUUGGCGCUGCCACGUAUUUACGUGGUUAGCCCUGACAAGACACUCGAUCUCUACGUUUGCACAGGCCUUUACUGGGCUGUGCGCGCGACCUACACGCUGGCGGCCUUCGCGCUAUGGAUGCUCUUUCACUACAGGAACAGGAAAGAGGUGGCCAGCUGCUUGGAGCUGCGGUGGAUGGUGUUUUUGCUCAAUUUGUUGUUUAUUUCCGCCUCUUGUGUCUUUGCGCUGUCGAACUCGUGGGGCGUGUGUGCACGGGACGACGAGGACACCUACACCUACUGGUUGCUUAGCGACACGAUUGAGCUCUUCUUCUACAUUGUUAUCCUCCACCACAAUACAGGCCUUCUGUUCCAAAACUGCAUUCUGGUUGACGUGCUUCUGAUGACGAUGAGCUUGACCUUCAUCAUCACCACCGCGAAAGAAACGGCGUCCACGGUCAGUACAAUUGCGACAUUCCCUUGCUAUGUCUUCUUCAACCUGGUUAGCGCGUACUGCAAAGAGUAUAUUGAUCGUCUAACUUUCUACGUGAACGAGCACGCUAAGACCACAGAGAGCCGCGCGACGCAGCUCCUGAACGACAUGCUUCCCAAGCAGGUCCUGGAGGAGUUCCAGCAAGACAAGCUGAAGCUCGCUUACCUCCACGAGAACGUGACGUUUCUCUUUGCUGAUAUCUGCGGGUUCACGAGUUGGGCGAAAGGCGUCGAUGCGUGCGAGGUCGUCACGAUGCUUCAAAAGCUCUUUGCGAAAUUUGACAAAGACAGCACAAAGUUCGGCCUCUACAAACUGUGCACAAUCGGAGACGCUUACGUCGCAGUCUCUGAGCCCGUGACUGCCGAAAAUCAAGACACUGAUCCGCGCGAAGGCAUGUGGCUGGUGCUGGAGAUGGCGAAGGCGAUGAUCAGCAAUAUCCUCGAGGUUCGCGAGCGGCUCUGCAUUCCCAAUCUGAACAUGCGUAUCGGUCUGCACUACGGCAGCUGCGUAGGAGGAGUCAUCGGGAGCGGCCGGCUGCGCUACGACUUGUGGGGAAUGGAUGUCCUCACAGGAAACAUGAUGGAGAGCAACGGCGUGCCGGGAAAAAUCAACGUCUCGGAAAUCCUCAAAACCGAGAUCGAAAAGGGCUUUCCAGGGGAGUUCGUUUUCAAGUUCAAUAAGCGAGUAGCUGUCCUGCAGAGUACCGUCGAUUCGUAUCUCAUUCGACCUGCAAAGGAAUUCGAUGAAGACGAAGAACUCGCAGCCAGCGUUAAUAUCGCUGGCAGUUUGCCAGGCGCGUCGAUGGCGGCGGGCGGCGGCCAGGCUCAACUUCAGCAGGCGACUUCGAACCUGCGCCGUGAUGGAACCUCUCUGCGAGGCAACUACCGGCGACGGUUCACCAUCUUGGGUAACGCGCCUCGCGUCCUCGGCCGCCGGCACUCGCUGAAGGGCAGUCAGCCGCUCAGCGCCGUAGCAUUCGCGUCGCAGGCGGACCUGCGCGUGGCAGAUGAGCACCGUGGUCACGCCGAGGAGGAUUUGCAGAUGCGCUUAACGGGCAUCCUGCAGCGUGAACAGACUUCGCAAGUCGGAGAAGAGGUUCAGGACGGCUUGCGGCGGCUUCGCGACGAAAUCGAGCGUGCCGGUGGCUUGGGACUGGAUGUGUCUCCGUCGGACGUCGGCUCGGUUGCAGGGUCGCGGAAGGCCGGCGCGAAAGACAAAGAGUGA